GAUAAAAAAUGAUACGUUUGCAUUCAAAAAAAAUUAUUUAAAUUUGAACACGAGUGAUGUCUAAUUCUUAUCUAAGUGAGUUUUAAGUAUUCAGGAUUCUUAAUAGUUUGGAAUUAAUGUAAAAGAUUGAUUGAAUUUUUUAAAGAAAGUUACAAAAAAUGACUGUUCCGAAUUUGGCUGUUCGAGGCUCAACUGGACUUAACCUGUAUCAAGGUAUUGCUCCAUUUAACUCAGUAUCUACUUUAUCUCCCGAGUUGUCAUCUUCAUGUAAGUUUAUGAUAUUUAGUGCAAAUGGGAAACAUUUUGCUUGGAUUAAUGCUUCUAAAGUUAUACUUGCAAAAACUAAUGAUUGGAAAAUAAUUGCAGAAAAUGUUUAUUCUAAAGCAACUCAAUUAGUAUUUAGUAGUAAAGGAACUUACUUGGUUGUUUAUGAACCUUUUAUUACAACACCUACCAACCCAAAAGGCACCCCUAAUGUACAUAUUCUUAAGACUGCUACUGGAGAAUUAAUUAAAAGUUUUGAAUAUAGAGACUCUAAACUUUGGGCUCCACAAUGGUCAUCUGAUGAAAAAGUUUGUGCUCGUUUUUUAAACGGAGAUGUACUUUUUUAUGAGAAUUCUAAUUUUGAUAAUAUUGUACAUAGAAUCAAAGGAUUAAAACUUAAUAAUUAUUCAAUAUCGCCAACAAAUCAACCAAUUAAUGUUCUAUGUUUUUUACCAGCAAAAGCAGGUCCAUCAAAUGGUCGUCUUUUUAUGUACCCUGAUUUCAAUAACAUCAUUGCAAAUAAAAGCUUUUUUCAGGCUGAUAGAGUAGAAAUUAUUUGGAACCAAAAAGGAACAGCAUCAUUAAUGUUAACAAGCACUGAUGUUGAUAAAACUGGUCAGUCCUAUUAUGGAAAACAAGGUCUUCAUUUAAUAACUACUAAAGGAGACACAUCUCAAGUUAUAGUUAACAAAGAAGGUCCAUUAUAUACGGCUUCAUGGAGCCCUUCAUCAAAUGAAUUUUGUGUUGUUUAUGGCUUUAUGCCUUCAAAAGCUACAUUGUAUAAUUUAAAAUGUGAUGUUGUCAUGGAAUUUGGAACUGGAACAUUUAAUGCAAUCUAUUACAAUCCGUUUGGAAAUAUUCUCCUUUUGGCUGGAUUUGGUAAUGUUCAAGGAAAUGCUGAACUCUGGGAUAUUAAUGGAAAAAAAAAAAUUAAAAAAAUUGAUAUACCAGAUACUACAUACCUUCAGUGGUCUCCUGAUGGUCAACAUUUUGCUACUGCAACAACAGCCCCACGACUAAAAGUUGGUAAUACAUUUAAAAUAUGGCAUUAUAGUGGUGCAUUAUUACAUGAAAAGCCUUGGGGUAAAAAUGAACUCUUUCAAGUUGUCUGGCAAAAUUAUUCACAGGGAACAUUCAAAACACCAACUGUAGUUUAUAAAACUGUUGAAGGCAUUGCUUCCAGUCAACCAAUUGCAUCCAAACAAGUUUACAGGCCACCACAUGCUAGAAACUCUGAUUUUAAACCUACUUCACUACAUGAUGAUGCAACUGAUAUUAAAAAUCAAUCAAAAGCUUAUUUAAAAAUGAAAAAAAAACGUCAAGCUAAACGUCAAGCAAAAGAACAACAAGAAAUAAAUGACACAAAUAGUGUUGAACAAAAAAUAAAUGAUUCUAAAUCAUCUAUUGAUGAUGAAAAACAAAAAAGAUUUAAAAAAUUACAAACAGAUUUAAAGAGUAUAAAUCGAAUUAAAACUCUACAAGCUUCUGGUAAAGAAUUGGAUCAUAAUCAAAUUUCAAGAUUGAAACUUGAAAAUGAUUUAUUAAAAGAGCUUCAGCAACUUCAAAUUUAAUAAAAUAUGAGAUGUGGACAAAAAUAUAAAUUAACAUACUAUUUAUUUUGAA